AUCUGAUUGAACGAUACAUUGAUAGAGGAGCGAUGAGGCAGAGCGCACUUGCCUUGUGUUGACACUGGACGGACAUGCGGCGAUGCUCUUGUGUGUAAAGAGAGAGAUUUUACCUCGGAUGAGAGAUUAAGGAGGAGGUGCUGGUGGAGGAGGAGGAGCGGCCAGCAUCAGAAAACAAACGGUAUCAUUUGAUCCAUCGCAUCUACUCGGUGGUGGUGGUGGUGGAGGCGGCCCGUCGAUUGUCGGUGGGGAGCCGGGGGCUGGAUUUGAAGCGUCGCAGGGAUGUGCUGAAAUCUUAAUGAUGAAAGGAGGAAGAGGAGGAGAGAUGUGGAGUGAGCCCUUCGUGGUCCAGGACAGGUUUUAAUUAGAUCCUUGCAAAUCCAGUGACGUCUGUGGUCAGGAGGUGAUGGCAGUGCUGACUGAGCUUCACCACUACUACCCAUUCCUACAGGUGGAUGUCCCCCUCCUGCACACCUGAGCCUGCACUCAGAGCUGCCGUCUCCUUCCCCUCCUCUCCUUCUGCCUCUCCUUGCUCAUUUCCCCCACUUCCCCUUCCAUCCUCCUCCUCAUCCAGCUGCCAUUUGCUUCACCCUCACCCCCCACAGCACUCCUCCCGUCCCAUCCAUUUCCCACUCAUUGAAUUUCACCGUACCGUGACAAUCCUACUUUAUUAUGGCUUGCUGCGGGCGCUCUCUGGACUCCCCAUGCACACUGGCCUUGCUAGUGGGCUUCCAGUUUGCCUUUGUUCUCUACUUUUCCCUUGGGGGCUUCAGAGGCCUGGUGUCUGUCCUGGUGCACACCACAGAGCCGGAGUUUGAUUAUUCUCGACCUCACGACGUCUAUACCAACCUCAGUCAUCUGGGAGUGCCGCCGCCCCCACCUCGCAACUCUGGCACCGGACCCCCUGCUACAGGCCCACCGCUAAGAGACUGCCAGAUCCCCUCCCCACUGCUGGUCGGACCUGUGUCUGUCCAUCUUUCCUCUCCUCUGUCUCUGGAGGAGAUCAGACAGAGGAACCCUUUGGUGUUGCCAGGCGGGCGCUACCGGCCUCCAGACUGUGAACCCCGCCACCACACAGCGAUAGUGGUACCGUACCGGAACCGGCAGACCCACCUCCGUGCCCUCCUCUACCACCUCCAUCCCUUCCUACAAAGACAGCAGAUCCACUACAGCAUCUACAUAGUACAGCAGUGGGGGAACGGCACCUUUAACCGAGCCAAGCUGCUGAAUGUUGGUGUGCGGGAGGCCCUCAGAGAUGAAGACUGGAGCUGCAUCUUCCUGCAUGAUGUCGACCUGCUGCCUGAGAACGACCACAACACUUACACCUGCCACAAACAGUUCCCCACACACCUGUCUGUGGCCAUGGACAAGUUCAGAUACAGGCUUCCAUACCCACAGUAUUUUGGUGGGGUGUCUGCAGUGACCCCAGACCAGUACAUGAAGAUGAAUGGCUUCCCUAACCAGUACUGGGGCUGGGGUGGAGAGGAUGAUGACAUUGCUGCAAGAGUACGUCUGUCUGGCAUGAAGAUCAUGCGCCCUCCAGUGGCCAUUGGUCAUUACAAGAUGAUCAAGCAUAAAGGAGACAGAGGCAAUGAGCAAAAUCCACGCAGAUUUGACCUUCUGAAAAGAACCAGACUCAACUGGCGCUCUGAUGGCCUCAACUCUCUGACAUACGAACUACUUUCCAAAGAGUUGGAGCCUCUCUACACCAACCUCACUGUCAACAUCGGAGAAGACCCCCGACUACCCCCGGGGAAAUCACCCAUCUAUGUGAAAACAACGCCCUCUGUCCACCAACGUAACACCAGCAAGGCCGGAGGCACAGCGAGACAGGAGAAGAUGCAACAGAGCAAAGGAGGGAGUGUGGCAGCAAAUUUGACUGUGGUCAAGCCGGUUGGUGAAAAGACAGAACCUGCCCAGACAAAGGCAGUAAAUCAGACGACACAGGCGAAGACAACUGUGACGAAAUAGCAUGAGGUGCAUACUAAAAGGACUGCAUCACAUCUGUAGCAUAAAGUGGCUUCCUCCUCCUGCGCUUUGAUCUAAAAGACAAAAUGAAGUAAAGCAGUCUAGAUCUGAGAUUCUGUUGUGGGACAUAAAGUACACCAGCUUUUUGUGCUCAGUGCAGGUUAAGGACAAUUAUGCAAUGGAUCUAAUGAAGAAGCCACUUUUGUCUACAGGGGUGCAUUCAGGAAGAACAACUGAGUCACCUCUUGGUUUGUCACCCACUGAAUGUGACUCUGGCUGUAGUGACUGACACAUGUCUGUGGCCUGUUGAGGCCAGGCCAGUCAGAUCUACAUAGAGGCCCAAAACCAACUAAAUGAAAAUGAGACAGCAAAUAUAUAAAUCUUUGCUCUUUUCCAGACAUUGCAAGUUGUAAGCAACCCAUCUGCUGCCAGCAGACCUGCAGCUCCAUCCAGUUUGCUCCCAAAAAACUGCUGCUGUCAGUCCACCCCACUCCAUGGUGGGUUUGUGUUUCUGUGCCUUCUCUCUUUUAUGCGCAUUUUAUAGACUGGUAUAGUUGCUUUUAGACGCAGACCUGAGGUUCAUUUGACCUCUCCUGCGUUGCGGCAAAUGUCAGAAAGCAGGGAGGCUAAAGCUGAUCUAAGAUCAGAACAAAAUGAUUUGUUCCAGGACUGCCGUUUUAUAUUUGUGUGCAUUGAUCAAGCGCUGACCAACUCCAUAGUUACCAGACAAUUCUAGAGUUUAUAUUUAUAUAGAGAGACUUCUUUAUUUGUUUACUGGUUUCUUUUACUCGUCCUUCCUUACAGUCUGGUGCCUCUCUCUCUCUGACAUUUAGUUUCUAGACAAUCAAAUCAUAUGGGAAGAUAACUCAGUAACCAACCACAUUACAAAGUGAGGAAAUAUAAUGACUUUCUUUACACCUGUCAGGUAAAAUUAGAUUUGGCAUGAUAGUUGUUGUCUAGCUUGACUAUACUCGAUACAUGAAUAGACCUGUGCUUCUGAUAUUAUCUGUGAUUUUAUUAUUUUUCUUUUAGAUUAGUCAGGUAUGGAAAAAACUAACUUGCAGACAAUAUUGUAGGCACGUGACUACACAUUGUGCCAGUUCCAGACUGUCUGAAAUAGUUAUGAUAAAUCACUGUUUAUAGAUCUAGGUCAGCUUUUUUACUACAAGGCCUGACGUCUUCACAGAGGGUCUUUCAGUGUAUUAUGAGAGACCCUGGUGCAUCUAAAAGCUAUAAAUGAGUGUCUGCCUCUCCUUGUCUUUCUUAAUUUGCUAUAAUGAAGCUUUUGUGUCUUGAAGGAAAGGAGACAAGGAAGAAGGAAAUGUAUAUUAGAUCGAAAAAUUAUAUAAAAAUUUAAUCCUGAAGGUUGCCAAAUUAGGACCUGCAUGUGGGUAACAGAUCAAUAUUCACCUAAAAACAACUUAAUCUCUCACAUAUUCAGUUUUUCCCCAUAUCAGUUGUUUGGAAUGUAUUAUUUUGAGUCCUUUUUCCUAGUUCAGCGUUUGUGAAAGGAAAGUUUAGCAGAAGAGCUUAGAUUGUGGACGAGGACUUGAAUCUUGAAUCACUUGUAGGGCAUAAGUAUUCUUGCUGCUAUUUGACUAGGGAAAUGAUUAACUGUAUAAUUAAUUAACUUAAAAAAUGACAUACUGUAACAUUAAUUUUCUGGUGUGGAAUUGUGUUAUAUCAUACUAACUUUUAAUGUAUUGCAUAUGCUAAUUUGAAUGUAUUUAAUUUAUUUAUUGAGCCAACGAUAGAGCUAAUUUGUUUUAGGAGUUGAAAUGCCCUUCUCCACUGUAGAGCAGAUUAUUACCCCUUAUAUCUCUGCGUUUCUCAUGUUAACAUUGUGCCUCAUGAAAUAAUAUUCAAAGCAUUUUGAAGGCAUAUGUCUAGGUUAUAUGUGAGCGCCCUCAUGUGGCACAGUCUGGCAUAGCGCCAGCUAGCAAGAACCAAGGACUGAAUGAAACUGCAGUGUUGUGACAUGAAUGUUAAACAUUAACAUUGGCCAUUCACAGGUUUCAGCCAAUCAAAUCUUUGCAUUGCUCUGCGGUCUGCGUAGUAUCAUAUGAUUGACCCUGCCAGCUUAAAGGUAUAGAGCAAUUUUAAGAGUGUUUUAUGAAUGGAUAUAGUUUUGUAGAAGGAAUCGAUGUUUAUUUAUGAUAAAAUAUUACCGAUUUUAAACAAAGAGUGAUGUACAAAAACAGACUGCAUUGACAGAAUACACUGAGAGAUAAUAAGGCAUCAUUUCUUAGCUUUAUACUACGUAAUAUUUAGUUGCAUAUCAAUAGAUAAUAUAUCAACCAUUUAUCAUAUUGCCUGGGACAACGUCUGUAUGAUGUGAAGUAGUGACUCACUGAAAGCUUUUAAGGACAUAUGUAAUCUCAGCAGAUUAAUCAGCAAACUGUGUGCUUACCUGGAGAUUGUUCUAUAUUUAAUAAAUAGGCUAGUUUUUAUAAAGGAUGUUUUCGCAUAAAUGUUGGAAAUAUAUACUGUGUAGUUGAAUGCAAACUCAGUAAACAGGAUUGGAACUUCUUAGUAAGAUUUUUUUUAUUUAAAGAGGUCAUGAGUUCACUCAUUAAACACGGUUGAGAAGUGUAUAUGUGAUUGCCGAGAACCACCUCACUAGAAUGAUGGGAUGUUUAUGUGUUCAUGGCAAAUCAGAGGUAAUUAUUGUAUUACAUCAUUUAUACUGAAGGACCAUGAUAUUGGCAUCAUGCAAUGAUACAUGUCAUCAUCUUUGGUUGCCUUAUUUACUGACUUUUAACUCUGAAGAGGAAAAACUGUGUGCGUGUGUGUUCAUGUGUGUGCAUGUGUACUGUAGAGAGCAAGGUCAUUAAAAAAGGCAACAAAAGCAAGUGAACUAUCAUUAAAAGUGUUGUGACAGAAAGCAAAUAUGUCUACCAAUAAAAACACAU